CUCCAUCCCAGAAAAAUGCCUUUCUCCAGUCUGUGCUAUCCAGAAUGCGGGGUGGCUCGGCCCAAUCCAGUCACUGGCAGCUGCAAUGAGCCCUGCGUUAGACAGUGCCCUGACUCCGAAGUGGUGAUCAGACCCUCUCCGGUUGUUGUGACCCUCCCCGGACCAAUUCUCAGCAAUUUCCCUCAGCAGAGCGAAGUGGCAGCCGUAGGAGCACCUGUGGUCGGAGCUGGUUUGGGAGGCUCAUUCGGUUUGGGGGGACUGUACGGCUAUGGAGGCCGUUAUGGAGGGUUGUAUGGUUUAGGGAGAUAUGGUAGUUACGGGGGCCUUUACGGUUACGGGGGAUUAUUGGGCAAUGGGGGAUACUGCGGUUACCCGGGCCUUUACGGUUACGGGGGAUUAUUGGGCCAUGGGGGAUACUGCGGUUACCCGGGCCUUUAUGGUUACGGAGGAUAUGGCCGUAGGUAUCUUGGUGGAUAUUGUGGGCCAUGUUAAACCCAGCAGGAACAUCCGUGGAAGAAGGAAGAACCGGAAAUGAACAGCAAGAUCCAGAUUCACCCCUGAUCUUUUGGGCAUGGCUUUCAGAAGUGCUGUGCAAACAUGGCUCCAC